UAUACCGCCAGAUGUUCUUUUUGUUUACUUGUGAAUAUUUGGUUUAAUUUUUUGUAGGGGCAAAAAAAUGUUGGCUACAACAGGCAAUUCUCUGGCAAAUAUAUCAGGUAUUCCAGAUAAAACCUGGCAACCAAACUUUGUAACGUUAGAAACCACAAUGGGCGAGAUAACCGUCGAGCUAUAUUGGAAACAUGCUCCAAAUACAUGCCGAAAUUUCGCAGAGCUCGCUAGACGUGGAUAUUACAAUAAUGUUCUGUUUCACCGUAUUAUCAAAGACUUCAUGAUACAAGGUGGCGAUCCCACAGGCACUGGACGCGGUGGUUCGUCAAUAUAUGGUGGAGAAUUUGCCGAUGAAAUACAUCCGGAUUUAAAGCACACGGGGGCUGGCAUUCUAUCGAUGGCCAAUUCUGGUCCCGACACAAACGGUUCACAAUUUUUCAUAACUUUAGCUCCCACCCAGUGGUUGGAUGGAAAACAUGCCAUAUUCGGCAGAGUGUACACAGGAAUGCAGGUGGUGAAACGCAUUGGAAUGGCUGAGACCGACAAAAACGAUCGUCCUGUAGAUGCCUUGCGUAUUGUAAAAGCGAAAGUAGAAAAGAUAUAGCUAACACAAACGAACUUUAAUAAAUAAAUUAUUUACUACAACAA